AUGGCAAACUACAAUCUCUUCAUCCUGUUCCUCUCUCUGACCUUUUUCAUCACCACCACAACUUCAUCAAGAUUACUAACUCCAUCACCUUCAUCUCAAAUCCAAAGGCUGCCAUACACCCCAGGACCUAUUCAUACAAAUGGACAGAACUUCACAAAGGUGUGUGAUCCUGCAAGGUUCACCAUUAUUGGACUUAGAAUGGAGGACUUUGCAUACUGCAAUGGAUCUCUGCCUUACAGUGUCCGUGUUAAGGACUUGAUUGGCAGGAUGACAAUUAGUGAGAAAUUUAAGAACCUUAAUGAUCUUGCUCCUGGUGCACCAAGGAUUGGCUUGCCACACUAUAACUGGUGGUCAGAAGCUUUGCAUGGAGUUGCAAGCAGUCAGAAUGGGACUUUUUUUGGUGAUAUUGUUAAGGGAGCCACUGUUUUUCCUACACCUAUUCUCACUGCUGCUUCCUUUAAUGCACCUUUAUGGAAUACCAUUGGCAAGGUUGUAUCCACAGAAGCCAGGGCAAUGUACAACCUAGGUCAUGCAGGACUAACAUUCUGGAGCCCUAACAUCAAUGUAGCUCGUGAUCCAAGAUGGGGAAGAACCCUAGAAACUCCUGGAGAAGAUCCAUAUGUUACAGGCCUCUAUGCUGUUAACUAUGUCAGAGGUUUGCAAGAUGUAGAGGGUUCAGUAACUGUACAAGAUCCUAACACAAGAUCUCUUAAGGUUGCAGCUUGUUGCAAGCACUACACUGCUUAUGAUCUUGAUAGUUGGAUGAAGGGCAUGAUCGUUCGCCAAGAAUACGACGCAAGAGUGACUGAACAAGACAUGGUGGAAACUUUCAAUAGACCAUUUGAGACUUGUGUUAGAGAAGGUGACUCAAGCAGCAUUAUGUGCUCUUUCAACAAAGUUAAUGGCGUCCCUGUUUGUGCUGAUGCCAGAUUAAUGUCUCAAACUUUCAGAAAAGAAUGGAAUCUCCAUGGGUAUAUAGUUGCUGAUUGUGAUUCAGUUGAGGUUAUAGCUGAGAGGCAGAGAUGGCUCCAUGAUAGUCCUGAGGCAGCUAUUGCUGAGACACUCAAAGCUGGUUUGGAUUUGGAUUGUGGAUGGGGGCCAUUUCACUUCUACCAGGACUAUGGAGAAUCAGCAAUUAGACAAGGGAGGAUUAGAGAAACAGAUGUGGACAAUGCUUUGACCAACUUGUACACAGUUCUGAUGAGACUUGGUUUCUUUGAUGGCAAUGAAAAGUUUCAAAACCUUGGACUCCCUGACAUUUGUUCCAAAAAACACACUGAUUUAUCUGCAGAAGCUGCAAGACAAGGCACUGUUCUUCUCAAGAACAUCAACAACAAAAUUCUCCCUUUUGACUCUAACAAGUUCAAAAACAUUGCCUUGAUUGGUCCUCAUGCUAAUGCCACUGAAGCCAUGAGAGGAAACUAUGCAGGAGAUCCAUGCAACUAUAUUACACCACUUGAAGCUUUUCAGGCUGAAGUACAAGUGGAUGUUCAGAAAGGGUGCUCAACAGUUGCAUGCACUGAUGUUGAUCUGAAUCCAGUGAUUGAUGCAGUGAAGAAUGCUGAUGCUUCUGUGCUUUUCUUUGGAUUGGACUUAUCAGAGGAGAGAGAAGAGUUUGAUAAGAAUGGACUUCAACUACCUGCAGGACAAGUUGAGAUUAUAAAAAAAGCUGCAGAGGCUUCUAAGGGUCCUGUUGUUCUUGUUAUCAUGUCUGGAACUUGUGUUGAUCUUUCUUUUGCAGAGAAGAAUCCUAAGAUUGGAGCAAUACUCUGGGUUGGUUAUCCUGGUGAGCAAGGUGGUCGUGCCAUCGCCGAUGUUGUUUUCGGUCGUUAUAAUCCAGCUGGGAGGUUACCAUUAACUUGGUACAACUCAGACUACGUGGACCAACUCCCCAUGACAUCCAUGCAAUUACGUCCAAAUGACCAACUUGGCUACCCUGGAAGAACCUACAAGUUCUACAAUGGUCCUCUUCAAUACCCAUUUGGUCAUGGCCUCAGCUACACCACCUUCAACUACACUCUCAAAUCCUCCACCACCUCCAUCUCCACCACCCUUUCCCCACUCCAAAGUUGCAAACAACUCACCUUGAAGCCGAAAGUCACACCGCCGCCUUGCCCGGCCAUCAACAUCGACGAAAGCCUUUGUACCGAUAAUAUAAACUUCACCGUCAUCGUCACAAACACCGGAAAACUUGAUGGUGAUCAUGUUCUUCUUGUUUACUCUAAACCUCCAUUAAUGGUUGAUGAUGCUCCUAUCAAACAACUUGUUGGCUUUCAAAGGGUGUUUGUCAAGGCAGGACAAAGUUUGGAAGUUAAGUUCUCUUUGAAUGCUUGCAAGGCUUUGGGUUUAGUUGAGAAGACUGCUUACAAAGUUUUGCCUUCUGGUGAGCAUACCAUUGUGGUUGGAGAUGGUCAUUCAGCUGCUUCAUUUCCUGUCACUGUUAAUUUCAAGCAUUAGAUGGGCUUUUUCGCAAACUUUAUUUCUAAUUUUCUUUUUCUUUCUUUUUUUUUCUUUUUUAUUUUUUCUCAACUAGUUCAUUCAACGCAUAGAUGAAUGCUCUA